AUGCUUCCCCAAACCAAACUUUCCAAUUCUCAUCUCCCCACUUCAAUUUUCCCCACAACCCAUUUCCCCAAGCCUUCAUUUCCACCCUUUAAAUCAAUCACCUUGCAAUCCUUAAAGCCAUUAAGAACAAACCUAUGUCACGGAUUUUCAAUCCAACCUUUGAAAUGCUCAGUUUCUGUAGUUUCUAAGCCUACGAACUUGGAAUUCACCAACAAUCCCAAGCCUUUUCCUGCUGAGGUUUCGAGGACAAUUAUGAAAUUAUCUUAUGUGGGCACUUUUUCUUCUUUGAUUCAAGAGGGUUGGCCUCUGGGAUUUGGCGUUCGCUUUGCAGUUGACCUAAAUGGGACUCCAAUUUCGUGCUUGAAUGAGUCCAAUAGGAAACUUUUAGUGGAUAAGAAGUGUAGACUUCAUGUUCAGUUAGAGCAAUCUGGAUUGCGGAGUAAAGACUCCGCACUGCACGGAGUUCUCUUCUCUUUAUCAGAAAAAUGCAAAGUCUUUAACAAUAGUACUGAUGAAGGUUUAUAA